AUGCUCCUGCCCAAAUCUAUAUAUCUCAAUCAAUCUAUCUAUUUAUUCGAAGUUAUCUAUCUAUCUAUCUAUCUAUCUAUCUAUCUAUCUAUCUAUCUCAUUUUUUUUUAUUGUCCUUAUUUCUUUCUCUUUUUCCUCUUGAAAUAUCACUUCAUUUCUAUCUAUCUAUCUAUCUAUCUAUCUAUCUAUCUAUCUAUCUGUCUUGCCCACCCCCACCAUCUAUUUUCCUCUUUCUUUAUUUUGCCUUUGAUACUUUUUUCUCUUAGAAUAUCUUCUAUUUCUCUUUUUUCUUCUCUCUCUCCCUCUCUCUCUCUCCCCCCUCUCUCCUUCCCUUUCCUUCUUUUUGUUUCUCGCUCUCUUUUCUUUCCCACUACAUUCUAUCUAGCUAGCUAUCCCUUUCUUUAUCUUCUAUCUAUCUAUCUAUCUAUCUAUCUAUCUAUCUAUCUAUCUAUCCCUAUCCCUUUUCUUAUCUAUCUAUCUAUCUAUCUAUCUAUCUAUCUAUCUAUCUAUCUAUCUAUCUAUCCCUUUCAUUUUCAUUAUCUAUCUAUCUAUCUAUCUAUCUAUCUAUCUAUCUAUCUAUCUUUCGAUACAUGA